AUGAGCGGAUCAAAAUCAAAUCACAAAAAGAUGAGAAUGAGCCAAUCAGAAUCAAAUCAAAAUGCUGUUGCAUCACCCAAAUCAACGACAUCAUCCAAUAUCCGACAACCACGACAACGUUCGGCACAAAGCUACCUUUUCCUAUGGGUAGAUACCAGCAUCGACCAUACAAACGAAGAUUAUAAAAAUGCAUUAAAACAAAUACAAACUAUUACUGGUGAUGUCAAUGUCUUUACGCAACGAGAUGCAUGCAUCGACUUUCUUACAGAUGCUCAAGAAGACAUCAAGUCUUUUCUCGUUGUUAAAGAUACUAUAUUUCAACAAAUAAUGCCUCUCAUCAAUGAUAUUCCGCAGCUGAUUGGUGUUUAUAUCUUCAAUGAUUUUAAACCCCUACAUGAAGAAAUGACAAAAAAAUGGAAAAAAAUCAAGAGCAUUCAUGCCAACAUUGAUGAUAUAUGUCAAGGAUUGCAAUCGGAUAUUAAGCAAUAUCAUCAAGACUCGAUUGCUAUGAGCUUCGUUACAGUAAAUGACAUGAAGUCAACUGAUAAUUUAAAUCGAUUGGAUCCGACUUUUAUGUAUACACAGUUAUUCAAAGAAAUUAUUCUUAAUCUGAAACAUGAUGAACGAGCCAUCAAACAGUUUAUUGCUUACUGUCGAGAUCAUGACUACAUGUCGAAAAAAAAUAUUGACCGUUUUGAGAAAGAAUACCAUGCUAAAUUAGCUAUUUGGUGGUAUACUUUUCCAUCGAAUAUCUAUUCUAUGCUCAAUUAUGGGCUUCGAACACUGGACGCCGAUAAAAUUAUUACUAUGGGGUUUCUUCUACGUGAUGUACACGAACAGAUUCAACAGUUAUAUGAACACCAAGUCAGUAAUUAUGACAAAAAGCCCUUUGUAGUUUAUCGAGGACAAGGUCUAUUGAAAUCAGACUUCGAAAAACUUCAGAAAACACAAGGCGGAUUAAUAUCAUUUAACAACUUCGUGUCCACCAGUAAAGAUAAAGUAUUAUCCAUCGGUUAUGCCCGCAUUGCUAUAACAGAAUCGGACAAGGUGGGAAUUCUUUUUAAGAUGUCCAUUGAUCCUUGUGUUAAAUCAGCACCAUUCGCUUCCGUCAAGGAGGUGAGUGCUCUUAAGGACGAAGAUGAAAUCCUCUUCUCAAUGCACACCGUCUUUCGAGUGGUUGCAAUUCAACAAAUGGACAAUGAGAAUCAACUUUAUGAAGUUGAAUUACAAUUAACAUCGGAUGAUGAUCAACAACUACGAUUACUUACUGAUCGGAUACGAGAAGAAGCUAGUGGUGAUACAGGGCGGCAGAAAUUGGGUGCAUUAUUGCUUAGAAUUGGUCAAUUUAAUAAAGCUGAGGAACUCUAUAACAUAUUACUAGAACAGACAUCUGAUCAGGGUGAAAAAGCGCCGUAUUAUCUUGGCCUGGGACAUGCCACAAAUCACCAAGGUGAUUACAAAAAGGCUAUUUGGUAUUUCAGACAAGGCCUUGAAAUCUAUCAAAAAAACCUUCCUUCAAAUUAUCCUCAUUUGGCUAUUUCAUACAACAACAUCGGUUUAGUGUAUAACAAUAUAGGAGAGUACCCAAAAGCACUUUUAUAUUACGAAGAAGCACUUGAAAUUAAACAAAAAACCCUUCCUUUAAAUCAUCUUUCAUUGGCUGCUUCAUACAACAGCAUCGGUGGUUUGUAUUACAAUAUGGGAGAGUAUUUAAAAGCACUUUCAUAUUACGAAAAAGAACUCGAACUCCAACAAAAAAGUCUUCCUCUAAAUCAUCCUUAUUUGGCUACCUCAUAUAACAACAUCGGUACGAUAUAUAACGGCAUGGGAGAGUAUUCGAAAGCACUUUCAUAUUAUGAACAAGCAUUUGAAAUCUUCCAAAAAUCUCUUCCUUCAAACCAUCCUGAUUUCGCUACUUCGUACAACAACAUCGCCUGUGUAUAUAACAAGAUGGAAGAGUACUUGAAAGCACUUUCAUAUCACGAAAAAGCAAUUGAAAUCCAACGAAAAACUCUUCCUUCAAAUCAUCCCGAUCUUGCUACUUCAUACAAUAACAUUGGUUUGGCGUAUGACAAUACGGGAGAGUACUCAAAAGCACUGUCAUCUCACGAAAAAGCAUUUGAAAUCUAUCAGAAACUUUUUCCUUCAGAUCAUCCACUUUUGGGUACUUCAUACAGCAACAUUGGUAGUGUAUAUAACAGCAUGGGAGAGUACUCAAAAGCACUUUUAUUUUUCAAAAACGCAUUUAAAAUUGAUCAAAAAACUCUUCCUUCAAAUCAUCCUUCAUUGGCUAUUUCAUACAAUAACAUUGGUUUGGCGUAUGGCGAGAUGAAAGAGUACUCAAAAGCACUUUCAUCUCACGAAAAAGCGCUUGAUAUCUAUCAAAAAACUCUUCGUUCAAAUCAUCCUUUAUUGGCUACUUCAUACAGCAACAUCGGUAAUGUAUAUGAGUACAUGGGAGAGUACUCAAAAGCACUUUCAUUUUACGAAAAAGCACUUGAAAUUCGAGAAAAGAUGGUUCCUUCAAAUGAUCCUGAUUUGGCAACUUCAUACAGAAACAUCGGCAGUAUGUUUUAUAAGAUGAGAGAGUACUCAAAAGCACUCUCAGCUCACGAAAAAGAUGUUGAAAUUAAACAAAAAACUCUUUCUCCAAAUCAUCCAGAUUUAGCACCUUCAUACAUCUUCAUCGGUACGUCGUAUUACAAUAUGAACGACUAUUCGAAAGCACUUUCAUAUUAUGAACGCGCUCUGAACAUACUCCAACGUGCAUUACCUCCAACUCAUCCUCAUAUAAAAAUUGUAAACGAGAGUAUUGCAGCUGUAAAAAAUAAAUUAUAA